UGCAAAGGUUUGUAUAACAGAGAGACAGAGAGAGAACCAGCCCCCCAGCUCUUUCCCGCUCACUUUCUGCCCUCAGUAGAGACAAACGAAGAGAAGAAGAAAGCAUCUUGAGCAAUACAAUAUCAUUGCCAUUUUAGCCAGAUACUGGAGCCCAAAAAGAAAAAGAUAAUAUAUGGAGGGUGUCACAGGAAGACGUUUGGAAUGCCAGAAGACUAUGGAUGGGGAGGCGAGUAACCGGAAUGGCUCAGAGAAGGCUCUCCCUUCUUGUUGCUUGAAGGCCAGGGUGUCAGACCCUGAGUUUGAGGCCAAAUGCCAUUCUACUGUUGUUUCUGGGUGGUUUUCGGAAACUCACCCUUGCUCUGGGAAAGCUAGCAAAAAGGUUUAUUUUAACAACCCGAUGUGGCCUGGAGAAGCCCAUUCACUAUUAGUGGAAAAGGUUUUGUACAAGGGAAAGUCAGAGUUUCAAGAGGUCCUGGUUUUUGAGUCCUCAGCAUAUGGGAAAGUGCUUGCACUUGAUGGCAUUGUUCAGCUGACAGAGAAAGAUGAAUGCGCCUACCAGGAGAUGAUUGCUCAUCUUCCUCUUUGUUCAAUUCCAUCGCCCAAAACUGUUCUGGUGGUUGGUGGUGGUGAUGGGGGAGUUCUAAGAGAAAUUUCUCGCCAUAGCUCUGUGGAAAAAAUUGAUAUCUGCGAGAUAGACAAGAUGGUCAUUGAUGUCUCUAAAAAGUUUUUUCCUGAGUUGGCUGUUGGAUUCGAGGAUCCUCGUGUCCACCUUUACAUUGGUGAUGCUGUUGAUUUUCUUCGGCACGCACCGAAAGGGAAGUAUGAUGCUAUCAUUGUCGAUUCAUCAGACCCUGUGGGUCCUGCACAGGAGCUUGUAGAGAAACCUUUUUUCGAAACUGUAGCUAGAGCAUUGAGGCCUGGUGGCGUUCUCUGUAACAUGGCGGAAAGCAUGUGGCUCCAUACACAUCUUAUUCAAGAUAUGAUCUCUAUUUGCCGUCAGACAUUCAAGGGUUCUGUUCAUUAUGCCUGGGCUAAUGUGCCAACAUACCCAAGUGGUGUGAUAGGAUUUCUUAUAUGCUCAACUGAAGGGCCACCUGUUGAUUUCGUAAAUCCCAUCAAUCCCAUUGAGAAGUUAGAGGGAGCUGUAAAGCAUAAAAGAGAACUAAGGUUCUACAACUCAGAGAUGCAUUCAGCUGCCUUUGCCUUGCCAUCCUUUCUGAAGAGGGAGGUGAUAUUGCUUCAAGAUUCUCCAACCCCGGCACAACGAAUCUGCGUUUCCUAGAUAAUUAUUACCUGCCCUUGUUUGAUUUUUCAGAUAUAUGACAUUAUUCCAACUAGAAAGCAGAAACUGGGUGAUUAUUGAGGAAGUGUAGAUAGGGUCAUGACCUUGGUUCGAGGUAUUAGUGAGGAUAUUUAUUCUACCAUGUGAUAUUGUCGCCUCCAACAAUCAAUUUGUGGAUGGGCAACUUUUAUCGUAUCAUGCCUUUGUGACAUUACCAUUUCUGUGAUUAUCCAUUUACUUUGUCUAUUUU